GAAGGUUGUACAGGGCUUCGCCGCAUAACAUUGCGAAUGUAGGGCUAGAGACUAAAUAUGGACCUGCAUGUCCUGUCGACGGCAUAUGGGAUACAUUAAUGCUCUAAAACAUCCUUAGGUUCUCCACACAUCCAGUUCGCUCAUCACAUAUCUUCAGUUCAUCGCAAUCCUUUGCUUUUGCAACCAGUCGCUCCUUUACUUAUUUUAUACUGUCUUUUGUCUAAUAUGGUGUCGAGUCGGUCCCUCCUUACGGUCUUCGCGACCUUGAUCGCGGUUGCUACGAGUCAGCAAUGUUAUGCUGUUGACGGUACAGCACUCGACAAAACAUACACGCCAUGUAACCCUAGCGCCAAUCACAGCGGAUGCUGCGCGUCCACCGACAUCUGCAUGAGUAAUGGGUUGUGUAUGGGAACAACAAAUGAGUCGAUCGGUAUGAUCUUCUCAAGAGGUUGUACAGACAAGGAAGGAAAAGAUGCAGCAUGCCAACAAGACUUGUGCCCUGGUGUUUCCAACGACUUCCUUGGUCUCAAGCCAAUAAAAGCAUGGCAACUACAAACAUGCGACUCUGGAACAUACUGCUGCCGCGGAGCCGACGAUACGAAGAGCUGCUGCAACAACCUAGACGCACCCCAAGUCACAACCACCUUCAGCGCAACCCUCCAACUCCAAACUCCGAGCCCAACCAAUGAACCUACACAGGCCCCCACAACCACUGCUCCACCUCCCAAGACCUGCUCAAAAGAAAAGAAGGAAACGGCAAUAGUCGGCGGUGUCCUCACAGCUGUCUUCGCGUUGAUCAUAGCAAGCCUGGCUUCCACUAUCUUCUGGAUGUACAAGAGGGAGAAGAGACAGCGCAAGCUCAAGGAACACUACGAGGAGCAGUUCUCCCAAACCAACGCGUACCGCAAGGCACUGGCGUCGAGCGCUGGAUCCCUCAGAGGCAGCGUCAUGAUGGACGACUUGAAGCCCAAGUCCAGCCACGGUCCCGCAUGAGGAGUCACACAGACUCAAAAAAAAAAAGUCUUUCGUAUCGUCUUUCUACUUUAGCGUCGGUGUUUUUGCGGGUACAGGCAGGCAGGCACGGUGAUGACGGGCUAGGGUAAUGUUGAGCUCACACCUGGUACCGAACCUUGGGUUUUAGCCCAA